GGCGGGGGGGAGGUUACCAUGGCAACAGGGCCGGGACGCCGCGGCCUAGCCCGGCCCGGCCCCUCCUCUCCGCCGUUCACCCUGUUCCCUCCCGGUUUCCUCUGCUUUCCCCGCCCUCCUGGAGCCCCCCGGGCCCGGUAACACCGUGCCAGUCGCUUUCCAGCGGGCUGUCCCGGUAGAGCGUUCCCUCUAUCGCACACCCGGUGACCCCUCAGCACCCUGGCCUGGUGGCCCCGUGGUUCCCAGCCCGUGUCCCACCGCCCACCAUGGCGCACCUGCUGGGCCACCGCGGCUGCAUGGAGAGCCUGCGGGCCGACCUGCAGGACCUGCAGGCUGCCAUUGCCGACGUGACCUCCCGGGCCGGCGCCGUGCGCUUCCCGUCAUGGAAGUUCCCUGACAAGGUGUCCUGCGACCUGGACGUGUCGCUGCUGCUGCAGCAGUACAGGCACAGCGAGAGCGAGCCCGAGUUCAGCCAGCACUCACACGUGGUGCUGCUGGAGCUGCUCAUAGACAGGUGA